GGAGAGCUUGACAGCGGUGAGGCAAGCCGCUGCAGGAGGAGAGGGAGCUGCUCCCAAAACUUUGGCGAAAAGGGGUUGAACCGAGGACGUGUGUGGCUUCAGAGGGGGGACGAAAGGUGGCAAGCCUCCAGCAGAUCAUCAACUUCUCGGGACUUGAACCGGCAGCCGUGUCAGUCGCUCCUUUGGUCGGGAUUCUAAUCUGAUCUCUAAAGUCUGGACCCAACCAUGAGCGCAAACGUAUGGAUUUACCAGGUUUUGGUGUGUGCUCUGGUCAUUUGUCUGGAUACAGGUUGCUGUCGAAACCCUCGUCUGUUCUUACAGAAGUAUGAAAAGAGUGAGAACCACAUGCUGCUUUGCUCAGACUGUUCUCAGACUCCAGCGAUACCAAAGAGUUGCUCACAGGAACAAUGUGCGCGAAGGUGCAAGAAAAACUUCAGCUGCAGAGCUUUCAACUAUCAAAGGCACAACAGGAAAUGCCACUUGCUUCUUUUUGACCGUUUCACCCACGGUGCGCAGAAGCAGGCCAACGUCAACUUCACUCUGUACGAGAAAAAAGAAUAUGUUCGAGAGUGUAUCAGCGGCACCAAGGGCAACUACAGAGGGAGGAGGUCUUGGACGAAGUCAAACAUCACUUGCCAAGCUUGGUCUGAUAAUAACAUCAACGAGCACACGUUUUACCCAGACAGGUACCGAACACAAGACCUGAGGGAAAACUUCUGCCGGAAUCCCAACAACGAUCCUGGUGGUCCGUGGUGCUACACCACAGACCCCAAUGUACGAGCUGAGGAGUGUGGCAUACCACAAUGUUCUCAGGAGGUUUGUAUGAGGUGUAAUGGAGAAGAUUAUCGGGGGAAAGUGGACCAAACGGAGAGCGGCAAGGAGUGCCAGAGGUGGGACUCACAACGGCCUCAUGUACACCCGUUCCAGCCCAAAAAGUAUCGGGAUAAAGACUUGAGGGACAACUAUUGUCGUAACCCCGAUAACCGUCUGCGGCCCUGGUGCUACACCACGGAUCCCAACACUCCGUGGGAGUACUGCAACAUCACCGUGUGUGACUCAGACCCCAGCAAGGACACUGAUGUCAACACGACUGCAUCCUGCGUCCAGGGGGACGGCAGAAAUUACCGAGGCACGACGAAUGUCACUCCAGAGGGUGUGACAUGUCAGCACUGGGACUCCCAGUUCCCCCACAACCACUCUUUCCUCCCUGUGAACUUCAAAUGCAACAAAUGUGUUUGUUACAGAGACCUCCGGGAGAAUUACUGCCGCAACCCCGAUGGAGCGGAUUACCCCUGGUGCUUCACGACUGACCCCAAUCAGAGGAUUGCCAAGUGCACCCAUAUCCCCAGAUGUGAUGCAGAAGCCACGCCGAAAAUAGAGUGCUAUGAAGACAGUGGAGAGAUGUACCGGGGAACCUUAUCGACAACUCGGUCAGGAAUUCCCUGUGCAGACUGGUCAACUCAUUUAAACAGUGGGGAUUCUCACUCUACAAUAUCCCACGUAGGGCUGGAGAGGAACUACUGCCGGAAUCCAGACCGAGACAAACAUGGCCCCUGGUGUUACACGAGUCCAAAUAACCGCUUGGCCUGGGACUACUGCAAGCUGAAGCAAUGCGAAUCAGCAACAGUGGCUCCUCAACCAAACAAUCUUACUAGGCCCAGGAUAUCAUGCUUUGUGCAUAUAAACACAAGAAUAGUUGGAGGACAUGAAGUACGAAGUACUGACGGCAGCUGGGUUGUCAGCAUCCAACGAGAGAAUGUUCAUUUGUGCGGUGGCUCACUGAUCAGAGAAGACUGGGUUUUGACCGACCAGCAGUGCUUCACAUCCUGUGUUCCAGAUCUCAAGGAUUACAGUGUCCAGGUCGGUCUGCGUCACCUCAACGAAUCUUCGAGGCUUCCUAGAUUGCAGAUCUCUCGCCUGAUCUGUGGCCCAGAGGGAUCCAAUCUGGUUAUGUUGAAACUAGAGGACCCCGCCCCUCUGUCAGCGGGUGCAUCUCCGAUUCAUCUCCCGGUAAAAGAGUGUCACAUGGCUGAAGGCACCAACUGCACCAUGUACGGAUGGGGGGAAACAAAAAAUACAGGACUUGAAGAAGCUCUGAACUCUGUGACAAUGCCCAUGGUCGACAAUGACAUGUGCUCACAGAUCAAAGGGGACGCCGGGCAGAGCAGGAUAUGUGCCGGAGGCAAGAUAGGCAAAGGUGUAUGCGAUAGGGAUUACGGUGGCCCGCUGGUUUGCCAGGAGCACAAACGAAAAGUCAUCAUCGGUGUGAGCAUCCAAAGGACAAAGUGUGCCUCCGCGCAGCCUGCCCUAUUCGUUAAUGUUGCUUUCUACUCCGAGUGGAUUUACAAAGUAUUUAAACUUUACCCCACGUUGCAGAGGAACUGAUGUCUUGGUGUGGGAAUGGUUCUGUUGUGGACCGUACGGGAGGCUGCCAAAGACGAGGCAACGGGGCCGCAAAGGUUUGCAACUUCUUUGCCAACCUGAAGUAAGCGACGAGGAAAAAACCCCUUUUUGGAGAGUCGCUACUUUGCUGAAGCCCGGAUUAAAAAGACGGAAUAUUACAGAAAAAAAUCCAGAAGAUCCGUUUUUCCUUUUUUCAACCCUAGUCUUUGGCACAUGGAUGGCGACCUUCACUGUUCACUGUGAAGCCAUGCAAACAAAGGCAGACACUAAAGACAUUUGCGAGUCAAAUCUGAGCGCGUCUCCUGGAAAGUACUUGAACCCGGUCCGUUUGGUCCAACCUGUUAGGGUAGCCCUUUUUGACUGGGGUUUCUUUCAGUUUGUUUAGCUGGUCUACAAACUGUGCUUUUUUUGUUUUAACUUAAAGAAAAUGUGGUACGGGAAAUAUAAAUCAACAUUGAGGGCCAAAAGUACCACAAUCCAAAUAGAUAACCUAUCAAAUAAAUAAUAAUAUAUGUAAAUGAUUCACUUUAACUGUAAUAAAUAUAUUGAAUAAAAUUUUUUAUAAAUUGCUAGAUAAAUAGGUGGUAAUUUAUAUCAAAAGUGGAACUGCAUAUGAUGAACAAAUCUCUAGUUUAAAUGAUUUAGCCAUUUAGAAAAUAUAUAAUAUUGAGGAUAAUUCAAAUUCAUCAUAUGAUAUAAACAUAAAUCAGUAUUUAAUUAUUUCAUAGUCCUGCAUUGCAGCACAUCCUAAAUGUAUUUUAUCUGCUCUCUUUACCAAUUAGUCAGUCGUGAGGGUUAAGCACAGCUAUAGGCAACGGGAUUGGUCUGCAGUCAGCAUGCUGUGGUUAAUAAGUUUUAUUUUAUUUCUUAUUGUUUGUUUUAAACAAAAAUGCAUUUCAUUCUGGCUCUUUUGGCCCUCAAUGCAGAAAAUAAGUGUACCCAUCAGCUCUGGUUGCCAGGUACUUCCCAUAUAUAACAGCUGUCAGUUGUUUCGAUGUUAAAAGCAUCAAGCAGAAAACUGUGGAAACGGCUAAAAGGAUGAAAAUGUAAGCAUGAAAAUGUCAUUAUAAAAUUCCUUCACGCUCCCCAUGAGAAAAUAAGUAAGUUGGGAUAGUUCAUACAGCCAAAACUGUCAGCCUGUGAGUCCAGCAGAGGCAGAAAAAUUGGACUUUGGAUAUAUAAAUCGUAGAUAUGAGUGCGUAGAAUACACAACAGUAGCGGCCGGGGCCAACCUGGCAGUUUUAAUUGUGUGCAGUAGCUGAAACUACCUUUUCCCCAGUUAGCUGUAACCAUUAGUUUCCCCCGAGAGAGAGGGUCCGAGUAGGACCGCUCCAGAAUCUUAUGCUAAUAUUUGUAGCAUGAGAGAGAGAAGAGCCAUGCCAAAUAUAACAUGGCUGUUUGGUCUCCAGUUUGGAGGGAACUGUGGCCCCUGGUGGGCUGUGUGUGGUCAGUAGAAUAUUUUUUGUUUUGUUAUAUAAAAAGUGACUGUGUGUACAGACCUGCAGAUUUAUUUUCUUUCUGACAUGGUGUAAGAUUUUAUAGGUCUUAUAGAUCUGGAUUACUGUUGGUUCACGUAGUACGGUCAGAUAGUCUUCUUUGAACCUCUGAUUAUGUGGAAUAUUUAAAAAAAAAAACUUUGUAGAAUGUAGUAAUUUAUAUUUAUUAUUUUUUUAGUGCGGGGAAGAAAAUUUUCAUGAUUGAGUUCAUAAUUUGAGGGUACGCUUCAUUUGUGGUUUAUAUUGCAAACAUAGUUUGAAAGAAAUGGGGAAGCUUGGUGAAAUGUGAAGAAAACAAACCUACGGUUCACUCAGAUUCUACAAAAAGGCAGAUAUGGCUCAUCAGCUGCUCAAAUGUGGCCUUAAAUAAAAAGCUUUGAUACAGAGCUUUAUCACUGUACAAUCAAAACAAACCACGUUGUGCCGUUGUUCUUCCAGCUCAAGCAUGUGCCUCUCCGUGAUUUCCGUCUUUCAGCUUUGAUCCAUCAAACCAAAGAGCCACUUUCCAUCUCAUCUCAGUUCAUUAUAAAUGAGCUCAUGUUCUAAAACUGACAAGAACAUUUCAGGACCUUGUUUUUCCGGUUAUAUAGAUUUUUUCCCCCUUUUUAUAUUGUAACGUUUUAGUUCUUUCCAAGAGCUGACCGAUUUUCCUGCAAAUGCAAAGAAUGGUGGGCUGAGUUGAUAGUUCGAAGAAGCAUCGCAACUCUCCGGCCUGCAGUCUGAAUCGGUUUUUGGCAAUAACUUCGAGGCAACAAGAUUACGUGAUCGCAAAUUCAUACUAGUGUACAUUUCACAAGUAAUAUGCGUGUCAUUCAGAAACUGUCGGUUGGCUGACAGGUGAAACCACAUGCCAAAGGUUCUUAGUUUCAUGGGAGGUUUGUUUUGACUGUGCCCUGAAAGUGUUGCAACUGUUAUUUAAUUUAGCCUAAUGUAAUGUACAUAUGUAAAUCUGAGUUGUACAUUUUGUGAAUAGCAUACUUAUAAAACACCGCUGCUAUUUCUUUUGUAUCCAUGAUAUUUUCUGAUUUUUAUUUUAUUUUUUUUGUAUCCUUUAUAUUAUUCUUGUUUUUUAAUAAACAACUUUACAUUGA